AUGCUCCAAACGAGCUUUUUUUUUCCUUCUUCCUUCAUGCCGCAUCGCCAGCGCUGGCGCGAACGACUCGUCGCCUUAUCUCGUCGCCGCCCGCCCGCCAUCCUCUCCCUCCCUUGGCCUGCGCCGUCGCAGUCGGCACUCCCCUCGUCGGCAUUCGGAAAAGCUGUCUCGGACACGCCGUCCCCCUCCCACGACCAACGGGCAAGGUCCCCUCAGCUGCCGAGACCGCUAGCUCCAGCGUGUCGUGGCCCCGGCGUCGGAGCCGUUCUUGAUCGGCCGCUGAUCGAGGCCAGUCCGUGCUGGAUCGUCGCCUCGCCGUUGCAAAACUCGCUCUCGCCACCCCUCCCUCCAGCUUGCCCCCUCCCCCCUCCUCCCUCCUCCAGGUCCCCAACCAGCGACCCCAGUGGCGAGUCCGGUGACCAGUCCAGUCCUCGGCCCCGGCACGGACACGUACCACUGCGCUUGGCAUCAGCGUCGGAAUCUUGCUUUUGCCUGCCUGCCGUGGCUAUUUUCGCCAUCGCUUACGCAUCGCCGUCGGUUACGCAGACAAAGCCCGCCAGGCGUGGACGGUGCACCUGCCUCCAGCCUGCUCUCGCCCGAAGCAUCGCCCCUGCCCCUCCUCGUCUGCCUCGCUGCCUCCUGCCACCGGGGGUGCGAGGCUGGCCGGGCAAGGAAGGCACCUCUUGCCUCCCUAGCAGCUUCCUGCCGUGGCUCCCGAAAGGUGGGGCAGGUCCGUCGCCGACUUUCUUCCGUUCCGUACCCUUCGGCACCCCGGCACCCUUCCGGUUCCGACGCCAACCCCGACGCCGCCCGAGGUUGCCGUCGACUCCGCCGCCCAUGUCUUCGCUUCCGUCGUACCGCGAGGCCACGACGCGACCGGACUGGCUCCUGCUCGCGGCCCCCCGCGUUCGCUUCGCCGACUACCGCUCGCUCUGUCUCGUCUGCCGUCGCUCCUGGUCCAUCUUUGCUCCGCGCCUGUGGGGCGACCUCCUCCGUUCCGUCCGUCGGUCCGGGCUGGAGCCUGCCGAUGACCUCGUCUGGUGGCUCGAUUUUGUCUCGAGCAAGCUGGUCCACGUCGAUCCCAACACGCGCGCACUCGUCCGCGUCCUCGACGCAACCUGCUUUGCCAAGGACGCCUACUACCACUAUGCGUCCGACCGGAGCUCCGGCGCGCUGGAGCAGGCCUUUGUCCGUGCUCUGGAGCUUCUGCCCAACGCCGACUCGCUCCUGCUCGACGGCCAUGCCGACCUGAACCCUGGCUUCCUCCUCCUCCGUUCGCCGCUCGCCACCCCGUCGCAUCGUCUGCGGCUGCUCAGCCUUGCCCGAUGCGCCGCUCACCUGCCGAGCGCCUUCUUCCACGCCCCUUGCCUCCAAAAGCUCGUCUAUCUCGAUGUCUCGGAUGUCCCCGGCUCCGUUGCGCCGCUCCUCGAGCCCGCCUUGCUGCCGGACCUUUGCAUCCUGAAGCUGCAAGGGAGAGCCGUCGACGAUGCGGCCCUCGGCCUUGUCGUCCGGGCCUUCUCCCGCAGGCUGUGGAGCCUGGACCUGACCGGGAACCCCAUCACGGAUGCGGCCGUUCAGCUGCUCGGCGACUGGUCCUUUUCGCCCGCAUCGCUGCGGUCCGGUGACCACUUCGAGGCGGAGGGGCAGGUUGCCGCGCCUCGCCCCCACGGCACGGCACAGCAUGGACCCUUCCUCACCAUCGAGGAGUCGGCUCUCAGCGGCGCCUUUUGCCACCCGGAGAGACAUCUCGUCGAUGCGCCUCGGUACGCGGGGGCUGCGCCGGAGUCGGCACCUCACCAACAUGGCCGCUCGGAUGCUUCGUCUCCGAUCCGUGAUGACUCUGCCGAAUCCUCAUCGAGGCUUCUGUCCCGCGCCGAGACUGACCUGGAGCGCGAGGCGUUUUGCACCUCGCGCGGCCUGACGCAUCUGCGCUUGUCCGGCACCAACGUGACCAGCGCUGGCAUCCAGAAGCUACUGCGAAUCUCGUCCGGCCGUCUCGAAGAUCUCGCCUGCGACCUCCCGCCGUUGUGCCCGUCCGUUCGUCACCGGAUCAAGUCAUGGCCCGACGGCGCGAAGCUGUACGGCAUCCUCGGCGCCGCUCAUUUGUUUCGGCCCGUCGUCUCGUCCAACCUUCGAAAGCUACGCAUUCACCAUUCUCUCGUCACCCACAUACCCACGCUCGAAGCCGAGAGCUUGUCGGCCAUGGCGCGCCUGUUCUUGGCCGAAACAUCGAUACUCGAGAGAGUGGAGAGGGCGUAUCCUCGAGUCUUCGUGCCGGACAUGAACCCGCGCUUGACCUCGUUGACUCUGACAAACCUCCCGCGCCGCUCUUCCGGCCCGCUGAUCGAGAAGCUCGUCGACUUCAUCAACCUCCUCUCCUUGCAGGAACGCACCAUCCGAGACGCCGCCGCCGCCGCAUCCUCUUGGCGCAGCCCGCGCCUCGUGCCGGGUCUGAGACGGCUGACGUUGGAGUUUGCCUCGGACCCGAUGCAGGACGGACGGUCCACCUCGGACUUUGUGGACGCCGAGGAAUUAAUGUCCGGCGCCGAAAGCGAGUUCAGCUUCUUCCCUGGCGAGCAGGGGGGAAGGCGACGGCCGGAAGCGCACGGCCGAGCGAGGCCAGAUUCCGAUGUCGAGACUCGCACCGUAGAUCCCCCCAGGUCCGACCGAGACAGUUGCCAUCGGUUUGAACCCUACGACGGAACUUGGAACGGGAAAGCAUUUUCAGUUCCCGUCUGGAUAGGAACCGACGGCGCCAGCAACGACGUGUUUGACAGGUAUCGACGGCUCGUCAUCGACGACGGGCUGAGAGACGGUGUUGGACCGGCGACGCCGUGCCAGGUGGCCGCGGGAGCGCCCGAGCGGUCGUACAUUUUUCAGGACGCCUGGUGCGCAGCCGUGAUGCCUCCAAGACUCCAGGUGCCACCCCGGAGUGCCUUGGAGGGAAUGAGAGACGUCCUGGACGAGCUGAGAUUGUUUCGGUUGGCCGGGAGGGCCGCAUCGUCGACGUUGCGGAUGAAUGCCCGAGACGGACGGCCGCUUCCAGGCGAGCCUCCGAGGUUCUGGACGGGCACCUUGAAGGUGUCUACCCCUUGA